UGUGAUUUGAGAAACGAACUAUUUUGACACGAUGAACGAUGCGUUGGCUGUGAUUGUCAACCACGUUGGCAUUCCGAUCCUUGUUCGCCCAUACGGACAAGCUCAAAUCCCCGCGACCGCUGCCAUCGGCAUCGUGAAUGCCAUCUUUGACGCAGCGUUGAGCUCGGAGAGGCAUGUGGCGUACCUUGAGACCGCCCAAUAUCGAGUGGCUUAUCAUCACACCAACGAUGGAUGGCUCUUGACCUUGUUCAAUUCCGAGCUUGUUCCGAGGCAACAAAGCAGGGUUUGCCUGCUUUGGCUGGACCGAAUGCUCCGACUUGUGCUGCGCCCUUCGUUGUUUGCGUCGACAGAUCCAGGGUCUCAAAAAUUCGAAGUUGCUAAGCACGUGCAGUUCAUCGACUACAUCAUGACCCAUCAAGACGACCUAGAAUUUGCCGUCGGCAUGCCACUGACCACUGCAUCGAACACACAAGUUUUCGACGUCGUGGCCGGUAUCUCGUGGCCAGGACCUACGUAUGUUAUUGACGAUGGGGUUGUCCUGAUGAACAAUGCCGACUCUGUCGACGAGCCGUUCGAUUGCUGGCUCGUCGUGCUCUUGGUAGUCGCGGCGGAGCUCAUUCUUGAGCAGCCACCAAAAUCUGCGAUGCAGUUUCCCGUGUAUAUCAACGCCGAAAUGCAUCACAUGACAGUCGUAGAUAUCCCAUCAAACAUGAAGCGUCUCGUGUGGUUUGGUGUAACCAACAACGAGCUCAAGGUCUCGACAGCCGACGUGCAACGACGACUCGAUCAGUGGCCUCAUCCCAUGCUGUUGCCAUCGCCUUGGUUUCUAUCGCCCGCCAUUCGCGACUUGUGUCCAUCCCUCCUCGGGUACUGCCUCUUUCGACUCCAGCCGUCGACGCGAUGCACCGCCUUGGUAGCUAUCCAAGCGUGUACAUCCUCAUCACGGGGGGACUCCGCUGGUCGGCGCACCCAACAACACAUCUACAUGCUGCUGGGCCAUGGUGUCCGCCGCGGCGCCGAGCUCACGAGUGCAAACCCUUUAACUCUCCAAGAUCACAUGCUAUCGAUGACAAACGACGUGGUCGUGAUGCUGAGCAUUCGGCCGCCCAUGCAAGUGGUUAUCGUCCUCACAGGACCAUGCGAUUUUACGAGUGCGAUCAACACAGCCGACUACCUAGCUCGACUAGACACGUCUGUUUAUUAA